CUGGCUCAAAACCCCCCCAUUCUACCCACCAGACCCCACUCCUCCCCCUCCCCCCCAGAGCUGGGGAGAGAACCCAGGAGUCCUGGCUGCCCUGCAUUUCUGGAAAGGGGGGUUGCAAAACUCUGGAGAAUGUGCUGGGUGCUUUGGAGACUCCCGGCUGGAGAAAGUCCAUUGUCUGGGCUGUUUGCCUACUGAGGAAUCAAGCCUUGGAGGUGUUGACUUGUCAAACAGAGCUAGGGAAGAAGCCAAUACAGGAGGGAGGGAGCCGGUUGCCUCGGGCCCCAUGCGUAGGGGGGGCUCUGAGAGGACAAAGGUCAGAGGGGUGGGCACUGAGGUAUUUAAACAGCAGCCCAGGGGAGUGGGGUCUCUUUAAGCAGCUGCAAUAGCUCCUUGGUGUCCUGCUGCCAGCUCCUGGACGUCCCUGGGUGUCUUCACCUGCUUAGCAGCCAGCUCCUCCCCAGGCCCUGUCUCCUUUUGCCCCGCCCCAGGAGAAGAGUGGGGAUAGAUUUGCUGCCUUCAGUUUAAUUUCUCUUCCACCAGCGUCUGAUUGCAAAGAGACCCGGAAGAUCCAGACAAGGGCCCGUGUCCCCCUCACCACCCCGCCAUGACCGUCACCUACACGGCCCGCGUGGCCAACGCCCGUUUCGGGGGCUUCUACAAACUGCUCCUGCUCUGGCGCGGGAGCAUUUACAAGCUGCUGUACAAGGAGUUCCUGGCCUUCUUCGCCACCUACCUGGGGCUCAGCCUGACCUACCGCUUUGUCCUGGCCGAGGAUCAGAAACGCUACUUUGAGAAACUGGUGAUUUACUGCAACAACUACGCCAACCUAAUCCCCGUCUCCUUCGUGCUGGGCUUCUACGUCACGCUGGUGGUGAACCGGUGGUGGAGUCAGUACACCUGCAUGCCCAUGCCCGACCGCCUGAUGUGCACCAUCUCCGGCACCGUGCACGGCGGGGACGAGCGAGGCCGGCUUUACCGCCGCACCCUGAUGCGCUACGGCAGCCUCUCGGCCGUGCUCCUUCUGCGCUCCAUCAGCACCGCCGUCUUCAAGCGGUUCCCCACCAUCGACCACGUGGUGGAGGCAGGCUUCAUGACCCGGGAGGAGCGCAAGAAAUACGAGAACCUGAGCUCGUCCUACAACAAGUACUGGAUCCCCUGUGUCUGGUUCACCAACCUGGCGGCCCAGGCUCGCAAGGAGGGGCGCGUCCGGGACAACUGCGCCCUCAAGAUGCUGAUGGAGGAGCUGAAUCACUUCCGUGCAAACUGCAGCAUGUUAUUCCACUACGACUGGAUCAGCGUCCCUCUGGUCUACACACAGGUGGUGACCAUUGCCGUGUACAGCUUCUUCGUGGCCUGUCUGAUCGGGCGUCAGUUCCUGGACCCAGCCCAGGGCUAUGAGGGCCACAACCUGGACCUGUGUGUGCCGGUCUUCACCCUGCUGCAGUUCUUCUUCUACGUGGGCUGGCUCAAGGUGGCUGAGCAGCUGAUCAAUCCCUUUGGGGAGGACGACGACGACUUCGAAACCAACCUGCUGAUCGACCGCAAUUUCCAGGUCUCCAUGAUGGCGGUGGACGAGAUGUACGACGACCUGCCCCUGCUGGAGAAGGACCGUUACUGGGACGCCUCCAACCCCCGCGCCCCGUACACGGCGGCCACCGUCUUCCUGCUGCACCAGCCGUCCUUCCAGGGCUCCACCUUCGACAUGACGCUGCCCAAGGAGGACAUGCAGUUCCAGCCGCUGGAGGAGAUCGAGGAGGGGCUGGAGCCGAGCCGCCACGUCCCCCUGCACCUCCUGAACCGGCUGCUGUCCGCGGCCGCCCCGGGCAGCUUCGGCCGGCGCCUCUCGCUGCUGCGCCGCAAGAACAGCUGCGUCUCGGAGGCCUCCACCUCCUACAGCUGUCUGUGCCAGGACACGCAGAGCACGGACUGCAGCUGUGGGCCCCCCGCCCGCCGCCCGCCCCUCAGCGAGGGGCCCUUCGCCCCGGAGCAGCGGGGCUGGGAGGGGGGCGAGGAAGCCGGGCACUGGGCCACAGGCAGCCACGAGGAGGCCUUGCCCGAGGAGUCGGACCUUGCCCAGCAGUCCCAGGUCUCCUUGCUUCACCCCGACAGCGCCGCCCCUGUGGCCGGCGGCUUCCCUUCGCCGCAGGAUACGGGGCCCCUCGUGGACACAUCCUUCCUCUUGCAGCCUGGAGCCGCCAAGGAGUCCCCCGCCCGGAGCAGCCCCCCCAGCGCCGGCUACCGCCCCUGGCUGCAGAACCCCAUCGAGGAGGAGACCACGGCGUGAGCCGGGACGUGCCGCGCAGAGACGCCCUGUGGCCAGGGGAAGGAGGGGCCAAACCCCAGAGCCGGGUGACCCCCCAUAGCCAGGGGG